GGUCCCUUUAGCAACCCUUAUUUUUAAGUACACGAGGUAGAAAUCAAAGAUAGUGUACUAGUAAGGGAAAGUGUGGGAAACAUAUCCGAAACAGCACCAGCGUCCAGUUGAUUGGAUUGGCUGACACUUACACAUAGUACUUUGUUCAAAUAUAUUUCCAAUCUCCUAAGAUUAGAAUUUAGAACAAUCGAAAAAAGUAGUACUACGUACGAAAACGCGCUAAACCAAACCAACCAAUCAAACAUUGUCAAAACAAAAAGGAUCGCACAUCUCAAUAUUCCUCACCUUACUUUAGUUUUCAGUUCUUCAUCGACAGACAAACAAGAACCCAUACCCUCUUAUCCAGGAUUAUGUUUUCUUAAAUUCACAACCAUACUUUUUUUAAGCCAAAAAACAAGUCAUUUAAUUAUUUAUUUUUUUAAUUAUUAACUUCCACCACAAUUCAAGGAUUCUGGUUCUAAACACAACACUUUCCUCACUGUUUUCUUGUUACUUCACUAUUCUCUUCUGUCUCCUAUAUCUCACACACUAAUCUCAUAACAAAAACACAGGUUAAAAAUCGAGAUCAUAAACUAGAUCAACAUUGGAGAGGUUAGAAGAAAUUGAUGGAACAAAAGAAUGAAAGUGAUGUGUUACAACAUUGGAGAAAUGGAUCAUGGCAAUGGGAAGAGUUUGAUGAUGAUAUGAAAGAAAAUGAUCAACUUAAAUUAAUGUUAUCUUUGCCGGAGAUUCCUGAGCCACCAACACCUCUUGAGCCUAUGGAGUUUUUGUCUAGAUCCUGGAGUCUAUCUGCUUCUGAGAUUUCAAAAGCACUUUCUGAGAAACAUAAACAUACUUUUCUUGAUAAGAUCGCUUCUCAAACAUUGCCAGAAGAUGUUCCUGCACCUCAAUUAACACCAGGAAAGAUUAUACCUUCUACCAACUGUCGAAGAGGUACCAUUGGAAAAUGGUUACAUCAGAAGCAGCACGGGAAUGCAAACAUGUCUGUUAAGAGGAAAGAUCGAGCACGUGUAGAAAAUGCGCGAGUGCAUUCUGCUGUUUCCAUUGCCGGACUAGCCUCCGCGUUGGCUUCUGUGGCUGCUAGUAGUGACAAUCACUCUAAAUUGGAUGUUGCUAUGGCUUCAGCCACACAACUCUUAGCAUCUUACUGUGUUGAAAUGGCAGAGUUAGCAGGUGCUGAUCAUGACCGUGUCGCUUCUACUGUCAAGUCUGCAGUUGAUAUUCAAACACCGGGUGAUCUAAUAACUCUUACUGCCGCAGCUGCGACAGCUUUAAGAGGUGAAGCAGCUUUGAGAGCGAGAUUUCCAAAAGAAGCAAAGAAGAAUGCAUCAAUAAGUCCCUAUGAUAAGGGAAUAGCAGAAACACAAUGUCCUCCUACUUUUGAGGGUCAGAUGUUGGAAAACCUUUUUCCAUGUGUGGGUGAUUUGUUGCAGGUUACUGAAAAAGGUGCGUUACGAUGGAAACAUGUGUCUGUUUACAUCAACAAGAAAUAUCAGGUCAAAAUUAAGAUCAAAAGCAAGCACAUUGGAGGAACUUUCUCCAAAAAGAAUAAAUGUGUGGUUUACGGAGUGUGUAAUGAAGACUCGGCAUGGCCAUAUCAAAAAGAAAGGGAAGCUUCUGAAGAGCUCUAUUUUGGCCUCAAAACUGCACAAGGUCUUCUAGAAUUUAAGUCUGAGAGCAAACUCCAAAAGCAAAAAUGGGUUGAUGGGAUAGAAUUUCUACUUGGUCGAGUUAACUCUGCUGAAGCGACAGAAAAAUCUAUGAAUUUUUUAAAUAUUAGUACCAGCACUUGAUUUGUUUGGAUUUUGUAUAUGCCUCAUUAGAGUAGGAUAUAUAAAUUUUUGCCAGACAAUGAAACUCAUAAGAAUGUUACAUUAUACCUCUUACGACACAAAAUGCAAACACGAAAGUGAAGCAAUAAUGUUCGCUACAGAAGCUGCUUAUGACCAUGUUUGUUAAUACUUAAUAAUGUUACUGCAGUA